AUGUCCUCCACCACCCUCACUCCCCCUCUGUCACCCAGCACACCUUUGACCACGCCCAACCUCUCACACAUCAAACGCUCCCAUAGGCCGUCCUCGCUACUUCUCACUCCGCCUUAUACGCCAAAGGACAGAUUCGCUUCGUCGUCUCCGUCUGGAUCCUCCUUCUCCUCCGCUGCCACUUCCCCUCGCUCAUUCGUCUCUCCUUCGCCUGGUCUUGUCAAGUCAUUGCAGAGCUUUGGCUUAGAUGACCAACCCAGCAACCAAGAUCAGUCCGUGCGACUACUCUCCGACAAUGAAUUAUCAUACUUUCUCCCAUCCAGAGCCGACGGUGUCAAUGACAUGUACUUGCACCACCGGCUCACAGCCCCUUCUCACCUCGUCGAACCCGAUAGAGUCUUCUACCUCUGGGCGUAUCAACUCCUGCGACAUCCUCUCCUAGCCUCCCAUCUCCGAGUCAGAUCCUACGAAGACGUCUCAUUCGUCUUCCCUCAUGCCAAAGAUGUCGAUUCGGCCCUUGCCGUCGCCGAAGACAGAUUCAUCUACAUCGACGACGAUGAGUCCUACAGGGACGUCGACGUCAUCGAUUCAUACCUCAACGGGCCCCGGACCCUGUCUUCCAACAGACUGGCAGCGUUGAUCUUGGCCGACCGAGGGGACCAUCACGAGUUCAUGCUCCUUUCCACGCAUUAUCUCGGGGAUGGCAUGGCAUUGCACACUUUCAUGAACGAAUUCUACACCCUUCUGGGAUCAACCAAGACUUCGGAAGACUUUUUAAGUAUGAUCCAGGAGCUAGUCGUCGGAGAACCUUCCGCUACGAUCCCAGGAUCACUCGAAGAUCGAAUACCGCAAGUGGGCAAUGGUAGUCGAUUCGCUUCCACCGUCGGGAAAAUCGAUAACAAGGCGAAUGACGACAAGCUCAUUGGCGGACAAAGCUUCCCUUCGAAUUCGAAGAAGAUGGAUAGACGAACGGUUGUCCCUACAUUCGCUUACAGCCCUGAAGAGACAAAGCGAAUCCUUGGGAAAUGCAAAGAAAAUGGAGUGACCAUCGCGCAUGCCAUGUUUGCGCUUUGCAAUAUUGCUUGGGCGAGACGGGUCACCAAUCCCGAUGCAAGGCAGCACCCAUGUCUCAUUUACUCUGCGUUGAACCUUCGACCCAACAUGAUCAAGGCGGAGACUGAACCAUCUUACUUCCACCUCGCCGUGGGAUACUUCAACAUUGUUCUAUCCUCCUUGAUCCCUUCGUCUCUCUCCGCUUCCGAGCUGUUCUGGCACAGAGCAAGACAGACCAAAGCGCAGACGAUCAAAGCUGUCAAAUCACCUUUUGUGGUCGCUCGAUCCCGAGAAACGAACAGGAUCCGAAGAGAGAGGGCGAUCAAAUGGGCCAAGAUAGACGAUGAGGAAGAGAGGAAAAAGCAAGAAGCCAAUGUGGCCCCAAACGGAGGUCUAGGUCUAGGUCUGGGAUCUGUUCAGCCAGACAGUAAGAUCACGACGGGUACACCCUCUACACCUGGACCCAAAUUCGCGCCCUUACGUGCUACCCAAAACACGCCCGAUAUGCGGGCACCCCCAACUCCCACGACACCCUCGCCUUUAUCUAAACCGUCCAUCCUCCCUCCAGCAUCGCAAAAAGCCCUCAUGGGAGUGUCCAUGCUGGGCAAUCUCGAUGGAAUGUACAAGCACGCUUCGUACCCUGACAUCCACCUCCAAGCUUUGACCACCGGAUCCAGACAACGUCCAGGUGGUCUGCUCCUGUUUGCCUAUACUUUUGCCGGCAAAUUGUGGAUGAGCCUGGGUUACGACGUCAAUGGAUUCCAGGAGGGGGUCAUUGAGGGAUUCUGGGAAGAAGUACAGAAUCUCGUCAAAGAGGUGAUGCUAUAG